CCAAAAUGUGCAGCAGGGUAAUCUAAAACCUAAAGUAGAUUCUAUAUUUUUAACCAUGUGAUUUUGCUAAAAUUUAUUUUAAUAAGCAAAGUAAAUGAACAUUAUUUAAAAAAUAAUAACUAUAAGCACGCGCAGAGUGAGCAUAAACCAGUAGCUCAGUGCAGCAACAGCAGAAGGCGGCAUGAUUUUUCGCACAUGCGCACUGACGGGGAAACAGAAUUCUCCGGAACCGGCAGGAGCCCAUGAGCCGAGGAGCACUCGUUUCCUGAGAGCACCAUCCCGGCCACGGCGUUCGGUCCAUAUACAGAAGUGUCAACAAGAAGCACGUGCUGAAGGGGAUGUGAAAUGCGUGCGAACACAACAUGUUGGACUUUAACAGGAGCGACGGUGGCGUGUGUGCUCGCGCUUUACCUGCAACAUGUCGCGCGCGCUGUCGCUGGUGGAGACUCAGGGGAGUUGAUCACCGCUGCUUGUGAGCUGGGGGUGGCCCAUCCCCCUGGAUAUCCUCUCUUCACUAUACUGGCCGCGCUGGCUGUCCGUCUGCUUCCCGCCACUUCUCCUGCACACGCUGUCAAUGUCCUGUGUGCUGUGCUGGGGGCCAUGGCUAGCGGGGCGCUGUGCUACACCGUCUGCAGAAUGGCUGGGUCUGGUCCAGGAGCUGUGCUGGCAGGUGGAAGCUUCGCUCUAUCCAAACUCGUGUGGCAGUGGUCAAUAGUGGCUGAAGUCUUCUCGCUUAAUAACCUAUUUGUUGGCCUCCUCUUCUGCCUCGCGGCCUGCUUCCACACUGUACAGACUGUCCACCAGAAGAAGAAAUUUGCUCUGUGGGGAGCGUUGUGCUGCGGAGUGAGUCUGUGCAACCAGCACACUCUGGUUGUUUAUGUCCUCGUCAUCAUUCCCUGGGCUCUGCUCCAGCUCUACACUUACAAAGGUUUAGGUUUCUCAUCCAUCGUAUCUCUGGGUGUGUGUUUCCUCGCCGGAUUCCUGCCCUAUAUCUACCUGCCCAUCUCUUCGUACCUUAAUAAAGCCCGAUGGAGUUGGGGAGACCAGACGACCCUCAGUGGCCUGCUUACACACCUGCUCAGGGCUGAGUACGGCACCUUCAGCCUGGCAAAAUCUGAGGGUAAAGUUAACCUGAUGAAGAUGCUACAAGCUCAGUUUAAUCACUGCGUGGCUGACCUCUCUGUUCCUGUUCUCGUAUUAGCUGCGCUGGCUAUGCUGCAAGCUUUAUGGAAUAGAUGUCGUGCUGUCGUGUGCCUGAUUGCUAUCAUGGUGAGCGUCUAUUCUGUGUUUUUUGCCUGGAGAGCCAACCUGGACAUCGAGAAUCCCCUGCUGCUCGGAGUCGUGGAGCGGUUCUGGCUACAGGCUGACGCUGGUGUGUGUGUUCUGGCUGGUGUUGGGCUGAACUGGACAGUGUGUUUGUUGGAGAGAUGGCUGGGGCUGAGACCCGUAUGGAACGCAGGAGCAUGGCUCAUCACUGCAGGACUUCUCUCACACACUGUUCACUUAAACCAAAGAGAACUUGAUCGGAGUAGGAACGAUGUCGUGGAGAGAUUUGCACAUGAGCUCAUUUUCUCCUUCCCAGAGAGCUCUUUGGUGCUGACCAGGGGUGAUCUUCCUGGUAACACACUCCGCUAUCUGCACUACUGCCAGGGCCUGCGUCCAGACCUCAGCCUCAUCGACCAAGAGAUGAUGACCUAUAGCUGGUAUGUGCCUAAGCUGCAACAGCAUCUUCCUGGAGUAAAGUUCCCUGGGCGAGUUUGGGAUCCAGUUGAGACUGAACAGAAGAACAGUUUUAACAUCGAACAGUUCAUGCAACAGAAUAUCCACCGGCCAAUGUUUGUGUGCAUUGGCCUGUCAGAAGGAGACCCAAGUUGGGAGAAGUCCUUCUCCCAGUGGCCGUGGGGUGUGUGUGAGCAGUUGAUGCCCCUUACAAUUCGGCUUCACCCUGUGGAGUGGGCACAGCGAACGCAGAAUCUGUACAACUGGAGUGAACCGCAUAACAGCUUUCCUCCUGGCUCAUGGGAGCGGGUGGCCAAUGAAGAAAUGUGGCAGGCCAGGAUGAAAACGGCAUUCUUCCUCUUUGACCUUGCUGAGAGAAUUGAGGAAGGGAGUCAGACUCACCUCUAUGAGCUCUCUUACAGUAUUUAUUGUAAAAUCGUGAACGCUCAGGUAGACUAUCCUGCUAAUUGGGAUAAGAAUCUGGCUUUGGCUGCUGAGCGCUUGCUCCGAUUAGGAGGUGGACAGCAUGGGCUAGAGUCUCUCCUGAACCACAGUAUCCAUCACUUCAGGCGGUACAUUGAGAGAGAACCCACAGACCCGCAGAACAGCGCCAUCCUUUCUGCCAUCACACACCUCACCAAGGAGAGGGAAAGACUCAGAGACUCGUUAAGAAAAACGAGAUAGACCACUGUAAAUCUUCGAACUUUGGAAAAUGGGAACACUAUCAUAAAUAAGGGAAUUGAAAUGACACCAUGAAAGAAAUUCAUGUUGCAGAGGCAGGUCAAGAAAACUCUAUAGGAUAGAGCAAAGAGACUGACCGAUCAAACCAGUCAAUACCAGUAAGAAUAAAGUCAGUGGUGUAGUUUGAUAUCAGGUUACGGUGGCUUGUUUUGGUACUACUGCAACACAUUGGCUGUGUGAUGAUGGUAUGAGGGGUGUUCAAGUCAAACCAAGACUUUUGAUUUUGCAGGAUAAAGAAUGCAGUUAUGAGAGUAAAAACUCUCUUUAUUUCUCCAUAUAAUCCUCUGCUACACUACACUAAUGCACUUCUCACAGCAUUUUACUCAAAACGCCAGAGCCAUUAUUGGACUGCCUGCUUCAAAUCUGAAACACUGGCCAUCCAGGAACUCCUGUAAACUUGGACAUCACUGUACUGUGCUUGAAAUCUUCUGUAAGUGUCAAUCAGUUUUACACUUUCCUUUAUGAGGAAUUUCAUCACAAGUCCCAGUUUGACUUGAAUACCUCUCGUACGAGUCUAUCUUUGAAAGGCCUGGUAUAGGCAUUGUACGAAGAAAUGAAUAAUCUUAUCAUUUUGGAAUCUUUUUUUUUCUUCUUUGAAAAUGCAUAAUUUGUUGUCAUAACUUUUAAAAAAUAAUACAGUUUUUUUCUAGUACUUGCACUGUUGUCAGAGAUGCUAGGAUCUUUUUUUGUGGUGAGAUGAAAUACUAUUAAGUGGACCAGGUAGAGGUAAAAUAAUGUUUGUUAUCGGAUCAACUUU